GUGACGUCAUAAGGGUGCGCCGCGCUGAAUCGGCUGAAGAAAGGGCAAAUUGUCCAAACACACAGAAAAACACCUGGUGAAGCAACUGACAUCCACGAUUAAAAAGAUGUUGUUUAUUAAAGUAGAGAGUGAAGAAAUGAAGAUUGAAGAAACAAUCAGAGUGAAACAGGAAGAUACCGAGGAACAAACAGCACCAAAAGAGGAGAAAGUAGUACUUCAUGAAAAUGAAGAGGAAGACAAAUGUGAGAAUCUUCAUGAUUUCAAAACCGGAGAAAAACCUUGCUCUCCAAUCAAAAAGACUUCCACACGAAAAAAAGCUCAAGAGACAGAAACUAGAAGUUUCACUUGCUUUCAGUUUGAAAAGAGUUUCAAUCAACAAGGAAACUCUAGAGGCCACAUGAGAAUUCACUCUGAAAAGAAGACUUUCACCUGCGAACAGUGUGGAAAAAGUUUCAAUCAAAAAGGAAAUUUUAACAAGCACAUGAGAGUUCACACUGGAGAGAAGCCUUACACAUGCCCUCAGUGUGGACACCGUUUUGCUCAAAAAGUACACCUUACUGCUCACCUGAGACUUCACACUGGAGAGAACCUUUACACAUGCUCUCAGUGUGGAAAGAGAUAUGCUCAACGAGGAAACCUUAAAGUCCACAUGAGAAUUCACACUGGGGAGAGCCCUUUUCCCUGCCAACACUGUGAAAAAAGUUUCACUCGUAAAGAAAGUCUUGACAAGCACAUAAGAAUUCACACUGGAGAAAAGCCUUUCAUAUGCCCUCAGUGUGGAAAAAGUUUCACUCUAAAAGAAAACUUCACCAGGCAUGUGAGAACUCACACUGGAGAGAAGCCUUACACAUGCCAGCACUGUGGAGAGAGUUUUUCUCAACAAGGAAACCUUAAUAUUCACAUGAGAAUUCACACCGGAGAGAAUCCUUACAUAUGUUCUCAGUGUGGAAAAAGUUUCAGUCAACAUGGAAACCUUAAAAUCCACAUGAGAAUACACAAUGGAGAGAGGCCUUUUUCCUGCCAGCUGUGUGGAAAACGCUUCACACGUAAAAUAGGUUUUAAAAGGCACAUGAGAAUUCACACUGGAGAAAAGCCCUACACAUGCCCUCAGUGUGGAAAAGGUUUCAUUCAACAUGGAAACCUUACAGUCCACAUGAGAAUACACAAUGGAGAGAGUCCCUUCAUGUGCCAGGAGUGUGGACAAAGAUUCAAUCAUAAAAUAAGCCUUAAUCGACACAUGAGAACUCACACUGGAGAGAAGCCUUAGACAUACCAUAAGUGUGGAGAGAGUUUUGCUCAACAUGGAAACCAUGAAAACUCUUUCAACCUGCCAACAGUGUAAAAAAAAUUUCGACUGAAAAGGAAACCUUAAGUAACACAUGGCAAUUCCCUCGAGAGGGAACCAUUUUAAAUGUUAUCAAUGUGGAUUUUUUUCUCAGCUCUAUAGAAAUAAAGGUGACUUGACU